CUGCAAUCGAGGGAGGUGAGGGUGAGAGGCGGAGACGAUGGGUUCGGAGACGAGAGCGUUGACAGCGUUGAAGGCGGAGAUGCCGCUUGGGGACUCGGAGAGCCUCGUUCUGGCGUCGGAGGUAGGUCAGGGAAGGGCCGUCGGCCUCGUCCUCGUCGACAUCGUCAACGGCUUCUGCACCGUCGGAGCUGGCAAUCUCGCUCCAACUGAGCCCAAUGAUCAGAUAGCAACGAUGGUGGAGGAGGCUGCAAAGCUGGCCAAGAUGUUCUCGGCCAGAAACUGGCCUAUCUUUGCUCUCCUCGACGCCCAUUAUCCUGGCAAGCCCGAGCCUCCGUAUCCACCUCAUUGUAUCAUCGGUUCGGGCGAAGAGAGAUUAGUCCCUGCUCUGAAAUGGCUGGAGAAGGAUCCAAAUUUUACUGUGAGAAGGAAAGAUUGUAUUGAUGGCUUCAUUGGUUCAAUGGAGAAGGAUGGCUCUAAUGUGUUCUCUGAUUGGGUGAAAAGAAAUGAAAUCAGAGUCGUUUUGGUGGUAGGAAUAUGCACCGAUAUCUGCGUGUUGGACUUUGUAUGUUCCACGCUCUCUGCUAGAAAUAUAGGCCUGGUUCCACCGCUGGAAGAUGUUGUGGUUUAUGCACGAGGUUGUGCAACACAUGACCUUCCAGUUCAUGUUGCAAGAAACAUCAAGGGAGCUUUGGUCCAUCCUCAGGAUGUGCUUCAUUAUAUAGGACUCUACAUGGCAAAAUCAAGAGGAGCAAGGAUUGUGCACAAGGUGUCGUUUGACUGAUAAGCAGCAGCAGCAACCUGACGUGCCCGGAACUUACUUUAUUCGAUGAUGCUUGGCUAGUUUAUUAAAAGUGGAGUAAUAUAUUUAAAGACCUAUCAAGGCCAAAUAAGGUCAACAGACUCUUAUCAGGGAUGACCUUUAUUAUUUGGAAUCUCAUUCUCGGUGUGAUUUCUGUGUUAGUGGUGGUGUCAUUUUAUAGCACAAUGGUGACAUUGUUGAAUGAUGUGUUCAUAAGGUCCAAAUUAGGAGCAAGUACUUUGCGCAGACCAGAGAAAUGUUUCAGACUUGUCUGCUGUAGAAGAACAUGUUUCUAGCCAAAAGCCGCACGGUUUUGUUCUUGCUUUA